GCUAAGCAACCGGAUCGGGCUCUACUCAGUGUUUUCGAGCUCCCCACGCCCCCAGUGAGCCGCAAGCGACUUCCACCUGGGCCAGUCCGGCCUCCGCGUCCCGGGCCGGUCCCCGCACAGGGCGGAGCUGGCCCGGCCCGGAGCUCGCCCCGCCCCGCCUCGCCGUAAGCUGACCGUGUGGCGGCCGGGCGGGGGCCUGGCAGGGGAGAGAAGGGGAGGAGAAAGGAGAGGAGGAAAGUGGAGCCUGGCGGGCCGGAGGGAGGAAAGGAAGGGGCGGAGGCGAAGCGCAGAGUGUGCCGGCGCGCGGGGGAGCCUCGGCGCGGGGCGCGUCUAGGAGCCCAAGUCGCGGCCGCGGAGCCGAGCCAGCCCCUCCCUGCCCGGAGCCGCCCGCCGGGGCCGUCCCGAGCGGCGACACCCCAGGCGUCCCGGCCCGCCAGCCAGGGCAGCCGAGGCCCCGGGACUCGGCCGUGAGCGCUGCAGGAGGGAUGGUGGCGGCGGGGCGCGGGCCAGUGCGGGCGCCGUGAGCCGGAGCUGCGCGCGGGGCAUGCGGCUGCGGCCCCCGGCCCUCGGCCCCCGCGCUCCGGCCCCCGCCCCGGCCCCGGCCGCCCGCCCCCGCGGAGUGCAGCGCCCGCGCCGCCGCUGAGGCAGGCGCCCCACCAUGCCGCGGGCCCCGGCGCCGCUGUACGCCUGCCUCCUGGGGCUCUGCGCGCUCCUGCCCCGGCUCGCAGGUCUCAACAUAUGUGCUAGUGGAAGUGCCACCUCAUGUGAAGAAUGUCUGCUAAUCCACCCAAAAUGUGCCUGGUGCUCCAAAGAGGACUUUGGCAGCCCACGGUCAGUCAUCUCUCGGUGUGACUUGAGGGCAAACCUUGUGAGAAACGGUUGUGGAGGCCAGAUGGAGAGCCCAGCCAGCAGCUCCCGUGUCCUGCGGAGCCUGCCCCUCAGCAGCAAAGGUUCCGGCUCAGCGGGCUGGGAUGUCAUUCAGAUGACGCCGCAGGAAAUUGCCGUGAACCUCCGGCCGGGUGAGUUGCCCACAGUAAGGGCUGGGUGCUCUGGGCUCAGGAGGGCCCAUGGGUUAGGUGGUACUUGUGUUAAGGUUAAAAGCGAGUUCCACCUGUCCAAGCACAAGGCGUUCAUGAAGAUUUCAGGAAAGGAGAAGAAAGAAACACAAAGGAAAGCCAGGCAGGGAGAGCUCAUCGCCCCUCCUGCCGGCCUUGGCCUCAAGAGGGAGAGUGGCAAGUAUCACAGGAGACUAUGUUAUUUAUCUUUGCUCGCUGUGCCUGUCCUAUGGGCAUGUAGUAGGUGCUGGGUAAAUAUUUAUUGGUGCCUCUCAAGGCACUCAGUGAACGCUCAGAACACUUGGUUAAGAUUUACAGACAAUGAUGGAAAAGUGAUUCUUCUCUUCUUUCUCUCUAGUUACAAGUUGUUUCCAAAUUGCGUCCCCUCCUUUGGGUUCCGCCAUCUGCUGCCUCUCACAGACAGAGUGGACAGCUUCAAUGAGGAAGUUCGGAAACAGAGGGUGUCCCGGAACCGAGAUGCCCCUGAGGGGGGCUUUGAUGCAGUACUCCAGGCUGCCGUCUGCAAGGAGAAGAUUGGCUGGCGAAAAGAUGCACUGCAUUUGCUGGUGUUCACAACGGAUGAUGUGCCCCACAUCGCACUGGAUGGAAAACUGGGAGGCCUGGUGCAGCCACACGACGGCCAGUGCCACCUGAAUGAGGCCAACGAGUACACUGCAUCCAACCAGAUGGACUAUCCAUCCCUUGCCUUGCUUGGAGAGAAAUUGGCAGAGAACAACAUCAACCUCAUCUUUGCAGUGACAAAAAACCAUUAUAUGCUGUACAAGAAUUUUACAGCCCUGAUACCUGGCACAACGGUGGAGAUUUUAGACGGAGACUCCAAAAAUAUUAUUCAACUGAUUAUUAAUGCAUACAACAGUAUCCGGUCUAAAGUGGAGCUGUCGGUCUGGGAUCAGCCUGAGGAUCUUAAUCUCUUCUUCACUGCUACCUGCCAAGAUGGGAUAUCCUACCCUGGUCAGAGGAAGUGUGAGGGCCUGAAGAUUGGGGACACGGCAUCUUUUGAGGUGUCAGUGGAGGCCCGAAGCUGCCCCCGCAGACACACGGAGCAUGUGUUCGCCCUGCGGCCAGUGGGAUUCCGGGACAGCCUGGCGGUGGGGGUCACCUAUAACUGCACGUGUGACUGCAGCGUGAGGCCGAAACCCAACAGCGCCAGCUGCAGCGGGACCGGGACCUACGUCUGCGGCCUGUGUGAGUGCAACCCCGGCUACCUGGGCACCAGGUGCGAGUGCCAGGAUGGGGAGAACCAGAGCGUGUACCAGAACCUGUGCCGGGAGGCAGAGGGCAAGCCGCUGUGCAGCGGGCGGGGGGAGUGCAGCUGCAACCAGUGUUCCUGCUUCGAGAGCGAGUUCGGGAAGAUCUACGGGACUUUCUGUGAGUGCGACAACUUCUCCUGUGCCAGGAACAAGGGAGUCCUCUGCUCAGGCCAUGGUGAGUGUCACUGCGGGGAAUGCAAGUGCCACGCAGGUUACAUCGGGGACAACUGUAACUGCUCGACAGACAUCAGCACAUGCCAGGGCAAAGAUGGCCAGAUCUGCAGCGACCGCGGGCACUGUCUCUGUGGGCAGUGCCAGUGCACGGAGCCGGGGGCCUUCGGGGAGAUGUGUGAGAAGUGCCCCACCUGCCCGGAUGCGUGCAGCACCAAGAGAGAUUGUGUCGAGUGCCUGCUGCUCCACUCCGGAAAACCCGACAACCAGACCUGCCACAGCCUGUGCAGGGACGAGGUGAUCACGUGGGUGGACACCAUCGUGAAAGAUGACCAGGAGGCUGUGCUUUGUUUCUACAAAACCCCCAAGGACUGCGUCAUGAUGUUCACCUACGCGGAGCUCCCCAGUGGGAAGUCCAGCCUGACAGUUCUCAGGGAGCCAGAGUGUGGAAACACCCCCAACGCCAUGACCAUCCUCCUGGCUGUGGUCGGCAGCAUCCUCCUCGUUGGGCUUGCACUCCUGGCUAUCUGGAAGCUGCUCGUCACCAUCCACGACAGGAGGGAGUUUGCAAAGUUCCAGAGCGAGCGAUCCAGGGCCCGCUACGAAAUGGCUUCAAAUCCACUGUACAGAAAGCCCAUCUCCACGCACACUGUGGACUUCACCUUCAACAAGUUCAACAAAUCCUACAAUGGCACUGUGGACUGAUGUUUCCUUCUCCAAGAGGCUGGAGGGAGGAACUAAUGAAAAAGUCAGACUGAAACGCCUUGCAUGGCUGCUCGACUUGAUCACAGCUCCCUAGGUAGGCACCACAGAGAAGACCUUCUAGUGAGCCUGGGCCAGGAGCCCCCAUUGCCUGCACAGGAAGGUGCCUGGCCGUGUCACCUGGCUCCUAGACCAGAGCCACGCCAGGCUGCAACCCUCCGAGCUUAGGAUAAAGCAAGGGGACCUUGGCGCUCUCAGCUUUCCCUGCCACAUCCAGCUUGUUGUCCCAAUGAAAUACUGAGAUGCUGGGCUGCCUCUCCCUUCCAGGAGUGCCGGGCCCCCAGCCUGGCCAGACAAGAAGACUGUCAGGAAGGGUCAGAGUGUGUAAAACCAGCAUACAGUUUGGCUUUUUUCACACUGAUCAUUUUUUUAUGAAAUAAAAAGAUCCUGCAUUUAUGGUGUAGUUCUGAGUCCUGAGACUUUUCUGCCUGUUGGCUAUGGCUUGCACCCAGGUGUUGGUGAUGGGGCUGUUGAGAUGCCUGUUGAAGGUACGUCAUUUGCAAAUGUCAGUUUCCUCUCCUGUCUGUUUAGUGCUUUUGUAAUGAAAAGAAACAAGAUUGUUGGCGAUUGAAAGUAAAGAUUAAAACCAAAAGAAUUUGUGUUUGCCUGAUA